AUGUCUCUGUCUGAAAGUUCGUCAACAAGCGAGAUUGAUUUUCAAAUAGAUGGUCCAUCAACUUCAAAAGCAAGACAAACAGACCUUCGAGGAGUGGAUUUUAGAAAUUUGGCAGAGGCUUGCGAUCGAACUGGAGUUUCCAAUAGAUGUGCUUCCUUUUUGGCGAAUGCCGUCUUGCAAGAUCUCGGCGUUGUCAGUAGGAACGACCCUUCAAAACUUUUAAACCGUAAUAAAUUGAGAAGAGAACGAAAGAGACGAAGAUCUGAGAUAAAAAAGGAAUCAACGAGAAAUUUGGAAAUUACAGGGCUCUGCUUUGAUGGUAGAAAGGAUAGAACACUACUGAUGGAAAAAAAGACGCACUUAUCAUAA